AUGUCGGCAGCCGGUCCAGAUCUUCCUCCGCAUCUUUUAGCUAAGCGAAAGCGACAACAAGAGGAGGCACAGAGGAAUCAGCCCGCCACCUCUUCCGGCGCAAACCAAGAGAGCCCCAAGGACAAACGCCAAAAGACGUCUGGUCCAGAACUCCCGCCCUCGCAAUCGUCAGUACCGGCUGCUCCACAAUUACCACCAUCAGGACCUCCGCCGUCAGUCGGUCCCACCCUACCGCCAGCAGAACCCGAAGUCCAGCCCGUCCGUCCUGUCGCCGGUCCCGCUCCACCGCCGGCCCCUCUAGAUGAGCGCCCGACUGCUCCACCCGACUCGGACUCGGACUCUGACGACGACGACUUUGGCCCAUCCCUACCCACCGCAGCCGAUCUCAACCCAUCCACCAACAAUGGUCCCCCAAUACCGCAGACCGCAGCUGCCCCAGUCAAAACUCAGCGCGACGAAUGGAUGACACUACCACCACAGCAAGACGACCUCGCAGCACGCAUGGACCCAUCCAAAAUGCGUGCUCGUGGUUUCAACACUGGCAAGAACGCAAGAGGUGGCAACACAACUCCUGCUGGAGGAAACAUUGCCGCAGCAUGGACAGAAACCCCAGAGGAGAAGCUCAAACGUCUACAAGACGAAGCCAUGGGUGUGAAGCCUGCCACUUCUGGACACGUCGAUGCCAAAGAGGCUGCUGCGAACAGGGAGAAAGAGGCAGAGGCGAGACGCAUACGUGAACAAACUGACAAGGCAAGAGGGCCUUCACUAAUGGCGCAGCACAAAGAGUCGAAUCCAGAGAACAAGGAUGAUGAUCCGAGUAAACGAGCCUUCAACAGGGAAAAGGACAUUGGUGGAAGCUCGCUCGGUCUGGUCGACAAGAAAGAUCUACUCAACAAGGCUUCCACCUUUGGCUCAAAGUUCUCUGGAGGUGGCUAUUUGUAG